CACAGUGUCUAUCCCAUCCUCGGAUACACGUCUUCCACUCGACUCGUGUCUGAUAUAAGCGACGUCCUCUCACAGCAUCGGAUUUUGUACAUUACAACUUCCCGCAGCUUCAGUCACCUUAAAUUCGGUGCGCAACAGCUGAAGAAAGAGUGAAUUUAUUGCUAAUGCAAGACUUUUUGAGACAUCUGAGACAGAGGACCAGCUCAGCUCUCUCAUUAAAUACAAACUCAAACUCCUAUGAAGAUUAUGGAUGCACUCACAGAAAAUCUGCAUGGCAUUAUUAAACUAGGAGCAGCCGACUGAUGAAGUUUAAGAGCACUUCUCAUCCGUGUGAAGUUCUUUUUGUUCCCCAAUGAUGGACGGCGGACAAUCGUCAAGGACUUUCACACCUGAUUGUGCAGCCUUAGCCAAUACAUGAAAGGAAGAAACACGUUUUUUCUGAUGAAAUCUCGGGGCUUAUCAGACUGCAGCAGGGCUAUGGGGAUCAGAAAUGGGACAAAAAUCCACUCCAAACCCAUCUCUAGAAUAUACUUCAUUUUUAUUUUACUCCUGCUUAUUUUCACACCAAGAGUGGAUUCAUCGUGGUGGUACAUUGGAGCGCUGGGUGCCCGGGUGAUCUGCGACAACAUUCCCGGCCUGGUGAACAAGCAGCGGCAGCUCUGCCAGCGGCACCCAGACUUGAUGCAGUCCAUCAGGGAGGGAGCCAAAGAGUGGUUCAGAGAGUGUCAGCACCAGUUUAGACACCACCGCUGGAACUGCAGCACGCUGGAGCGGGACCACACUGUGUUUGGCAGGGUGAUGCAGGGCAGCAGAGAAGCAGCAUUUGUGUAUGCCAUCUCCUCAGCUGGAGUGGUCUAUGCCAUCACCAGGGCCUGCAGUCAGGGGGAGCUUAAGAUCUGCAACUGCGACGGCCACAAGCGUGGGCAACACAGAGACAGCGAGGGCAGUUUUGACUGGGGUGGAUGCAGUGACAACAUCGACUACGGCAUAAAGUUUGCUAGAAAGUUCAUAGAUGCUCAGGAGAAGAUGGUGAAGGAUGCUCGUGCGGUGAUGAACCUGCACAACAACCAGUGCGGUCGGACGGCAGUGAAGCGCUUUAUGAAGCUGGAGUGCAAGUGUCACGGGGUCAGUGGCUCCUGUUCUCUGAGGACCUGUUGGCUGGCUAUGUCUGACUUCAGGCGAACGGGAGACUACCUUCGCAAGAAGUACAAGACGGCCAUCGAGGUGACCAUGAACCAGGACGGGACAGGUUUUAUGGUGGCCGACAGGGACUUCAAGGGAAGCACCAAGAAUGAGUUGGUGUAUGUCGAGAACUCGCCAGAUUACUGUCUCAUGGACCGUGCAGCAGGCUCCUUGGGCACAGCAGGCAGGGUGUGCAACAAGUCCUCCAGAGGCACCGAUGGCUGUGAGGUCAUGUGCUGUGGGCGGGGCUACGACACCAUGCGCGUCAAACGUGUCACCAAGUGUGAGUGCAAGUUCAAGUGGUGCUGCGCCGUGGAGUGCAAAGACUGCGAGGACGUGGUGGACGUACACACCUGCAAGCCCCACAAGCGACCCGAUUGGCUGGACCAAACCUAACAAGGAGACCCGACCAAUCACAACCACUGAUUCAUUAACAUGUGCGCUACUGGCUGCAUUGUAUUAUGGGAUGUAUAAUUGGGAUCUCUUAACAGUAAUACCUCUGGCUUUUGAUCCUUUCACACUUCCUGAAGCAGAGACUUCACAGACUUUUAUUGAAUGAUGCUAAACUGGAAAAUAAGCCCAGUUACUGAUCAUGCGCUGCUUUAGUAUGUGUUUCUAAAAACAAUUUAUUGAGCUUUUUUAAAAACAAAGUUUGAAUCUUUGAUACAAAAUGGCUGAAUAUUAUAUUAUUCUGUUGUAAAUGCACCCCUGGUUGACACAGAGAUAUGAGGUUAUGUCUGUUUUAUCGUAUGUAAAGAGAGUGAGAGUACAUGACUUAGCUUAAAUUGAUAAUAAUAAUGACAAUAAAGUAAUAUUUAGCCAAAAGAGAGAGAGGUAAAGGAAGAAAGAUCAAGAGAUCUUUUGAGAUAUUGUAAAAAACACUGACAUGGUACCGUUUAAAAUGACAAAUGACAUCAUUGUAUGGUACUGCAAUAUAGCAUUUAAAAUACAACAGACAGCUGCUGCAAAUGAGUGCAACUGUAACAAACUAACAAAAAGUCUGGAAGGAGCUUAUGAAAUAAUUCUUACACAUUGAAAGUCAGAAAAUCACACUGUGAAUCCAAAGGAACCAUUAAGAGCUGAACAAGCAAGGACUUAUGGUUCAAGAGGCAGCACAUCAGCCGCAGAAUUGGAUUUUGGCAGCCCUCUGUAGAAAAAGGACACAGAAAAAGCAAAGUUUGAUGUAGACUUUGGACAGUAUUUGUUCUCACACACUUGGGUUGUGUUGCCUUAUUGAAAAUGUAUUAAUUUCUACCUCUGGUUCUUUGUGCUACACAGACAGCUUCAAGCAGCUUUGAAACUGCCCUUGUUCAAAGGCAACAGCAGUGCAUAAAAAAUGCAACCCCCCCCCAAUUUCAUUUCAAUUAGGCCAUUAUGUUGAUGCAGUUGGGGUGCCAUGAUAGAACGCUUCAGCAAAAAAAUGCAAGACUGUCUGGCAAAAAAGUUGGUAAAAAGAUGGUAAUCAGAUAUACCAAAUAUUCUUGGCAGAUUACUUUGUAUGUGAAUGGCAAAAUCCUACUGUUUACCUGGUGAUUGUUGCGAUGAAGGAUAAAAAUUCCACCAUGAUAACUUUCCAGAGUUGUAAAAUCCUAUAAUUUUGUGUGUGAUAAGCCUUCAAAUUAAUGGAUGUAUAAUUCAAACUGGCCCUCCUGGAUCUCACUUUAAAUGAUACGCCCCCAUCAUCACCAUUUUUUUUUGACCCAGAGCUGUUUUCAGUCUGAACGCCCCGUCAAGCUGGAAUUAUGCGUCUUCAAAGAUACACCUAACGAGGGGAGGGGUGUUGUUAUGGAUAGGACACAGAGGCUCUUGUCGGGAGGUGUUUCGAAACAGAGACCAAAAAAAAAAGUAAACAUCAUUCUUGUUGUACGUAGUAUGAAUAAACUUCCGAGCAAACAUCUUCCAGCCACCCCCAUGCACAUUCGCCUACAUGCAGCACAGAGAACAUUAGCUGCCUUUGCUGCUCAGUGCUUGCAUCCAUUGUUGUCAAGAUUUGGCAAAUGCUACUUUUGGUUACAGUUCUUUCUUAAUCUUCAUCCACGCUUAAUGUCUCUAGUUUGGCAGCAGUGAUUUCUUUUUUUGUUUAAUCUUACAAUACUUGUUAAUGUUUGUCUUUCCUCACCAGUAUAAUAGCCUCUAAAACAAACAGAACCAGCAUAAAGGCUGUACAGUUUAUCAAGUGUUUCCUCUUUGUUUCUGUAAAAAUAUUGUAGAUGCUGUUCAAAUAAUGGAAAGUCAGUUUUUGAAGCUGUCGAUUAUUGAUGGUGAGACUCAUUUAGUUAUUUUAAGAUGAUAUUGGACUGAUCACUGUCUAGGAGCUGUAUGCUCAGAUAAAUGUGACUUCUUUCUUCUGCAGGCUGCUGGGUCUUAAUGGUAAAACUGGUCAAUUUCACUGUUCUUAAAUAACAAUAAGU